AUGGUGGUGCUGCAGCCGGAAGAUUUGGACGAAUUCGAGAAGCUGCUCGAGGACCACAGCUCCCGGCUGAUCGUCGUCGACUUCUACGCCACGUGGUGUGGCCCGUGCAAGAUUAUGGGGCCCAAGCUUAGCAAAAUGUCCGACCAGAUGAACGACAUCGUCUUCGUGAAGGUGGACGUUGAUGAAAAUGAAGAAAUCGUCUCCCGCUACCCGAUCAACGUCAUGCCCACCUUUAUUUUCAUCAAGGACGGCGAGCAAAUUGAUUCUGUCGAGGGCUCGAUGGAGGAGCAGCUCGGCAGAAACUUGCUGCUCACCGUUAAAAAUAGA